UGCGGGAGGGGAUCCGCUAUGAGUUCUGUGUCUGAUUGAGAGGAAGAAGAGAAACUACAGCAGAAGGAAGCGAUCGCUCUGCUCUUAUCCUGCUGUGGUUCGUAGUUGUGUGUUUUAUUGAAUUGUAGUAACAGAGCUUUCUGGUAAAGAUGGCGUAUCACAGCCCCUACAGAGGCGCCCCGCACACCAACGCUGCUGCGGACCAGAGCUUUCUGUGGAAUAUCUUCCAGAGGGUCGACAAAGACCGGAGUGGAGUCAUUUCCGACUCGGAGCUUCAGCAGGCCCUGUCCAACGGCACAUGGACUCCCUUCAACCCGGUGACGGUCCGAUCCAUCAUCUCCAUGUUUGACAGGGAAAACAAAGGUGGUGUUAACUUCAACGAGUUCGCCGGUGUGUGGAAGUACAUCACAGACUGGCAGAACAUCUUCAGGACCUACGACAGGGACAACUCGGGCUUCAUCGACAGGAACGAGCUCAAACAGGCACUGACCGGAUUCGGCUAUCGUCUGUCAGACCAGUUCUACAGCACUCUGAUAGAGAAGUUUGACCGGCAGAGGAAGGGACAGGUGGCCUUCGAUGACUUCAUCCAGUGUUGUAUUGUAUUACAGAGGUUGACCGACGUCUUCAGGCGAUACGACACGGACCAGGACGGCUGGAUCCAAGUCUCUUAUGAACAGUAUCUUUCCAUGGUCUUUAAUGUGGUAUAACACACAUGAAGGCCACAGAAGAGCACAACUGGACACAACUGUGCCAAAAGCUCCCGGUGCCCUCUGGAUGUCUGCCAUAGUGGACACUACAAUAUUUUUUUUAACCUGGUCUCAGCCCAAUUUGGGCAAUUUAAUCUGAAGUCUUCAACCUAGAGAAAAAAAAAAAAUAGGUGCUUGAUGUAUGGUAAAGAAAAAAAUCUUGUAGUGUUUUGUUGAUGAACUGUAAACAGGUCUGUUGGUUAAGGACAAAUAUGGCCACGUUAAUGUCGACACUUUUUUUUUGUUUUAAACUGAAGUGAUU